AUGGCCGCUAUGGCGCUGCCCAGCUUCGCAACCACCCAGGUUAAGGGCAAGAAGGAGAAGAGUCCGAAGAAGGUGCUCUUGAAGACCCAGCAAGAGGCUUUCAGCGCUGAUCCGACGGACACGCAGCCCGCCUACCUGUUGCGCAACGGGCUGGAGCCAAUCCAUGAGGAUGAAGAACACUUCACGACGAUCGCACCACCGCCGGGUCUCGAGAAGAAUGAUGAUGACUUCUCUGACAGCCUCUGGAGCCGCUCCACCACUGGCGGCAGUGGUUUUGAGACGCAAUCGGAAGAAGAGGUCGACGAUGCAGUUACCCAUGCUGCUUUGGCCGAGCAAAUCGCCAAGCUCUCCGCUAUGCAGAUCCAAGAGACCAUGGCCAGCAUGUACUACAACAACUUGUCUACCUCGCCCCAGCCACCGAUGCAGGCUUCCGGGGAGUCUGCUUUUGCUUCGUCUUGGACGCAAAUGCCAGUCCGCAACUUCUGCCCGUGGUGUGGCUGCAAACGUGCGGCCUACUACACCUUCUGCCCUAACUGCGGCAACAAGCUUGACGAGUGA